AUGAAUUCAAUACUAAUAACAGGAUGCAAUAGAGGAUUGGGAUUGGGUUUAGUGCGAUGUUUGGUGCAGAAUCCAAAGGAAAUGCCCAAAUAUCUCCUGACCACAGUGAGGGAUGCAACAAAAGCCGAAGAACUUCAAAAACUCGCUAAGGAGCACCCAAAUAUCCACAUCCUGGAGGUUGAUUUGACAAACUACGACACCUACGAGGGAUUGGUGAAGAAAGUCGAGGACAUUGUGAAGGAAGAUGGACUCAAUGUGCUCUUAAACAAUGCAGGAUACGGUCCAAAAUCCACCAGGCUGCCACAUACGAAGCACCAGGAUCUCGUGGAAUGUUUCAACAUUAAUUCCGUGGUUCCUGUUAUGCUAACAAAAGCCCUGUUGCCCCUUCUCCAGAGAGCAGCUGCUGCACGACCCGAUGCUCCCAUUGGACCCGAGAAAGCCUGCGUGGUUAACAUGACAUCGCUCCUGGGCUCAAUCACAGAGAAUACGCACGGAGGCUUGUAUGCUUAUCGCAUGUCCAAGGCGGCACUCAACAUAGCCACUAAAUCCAUGAGUGUGGAUUUACAAGGUGACAAGAUUAUGGCUAUUUCUCUCCAUCCUGGAUGGGUUCGGACCGACUUGGGUGGCUCGAAAGCGCCCCUUGAUGUGGAGACGAGUGUUUCAGGGAUGAUUAACGUCAUCCGGGGGCUCACAGCUGAGCAAAAUGGGAAAUUCUUGCAAUACAAUGGGAAGGAGCUUGCUUGGUAGAAGAGGAGAAUCCUUUUGCAAUUAAUUUGUAUUUUUUGUGAGAUUUAUUUGGGAAAUAAAAGCAUUAACAUGAAAA